CUUACAGGUAAGCGCAUCGGCGCCGCGGGGCACGCCUGAGAGCCACGAGGGGCAAGGCCGAGGUCGCUGACGUUUUUUGGGCCAUGGAUGAUGGAAAACCAGUACCGGUGUCCGGUAGGCCAGGACAUUUGUAAACUCGCCGCCAACUCGGUAUAUCCAACAAGCGAUCCACAUUGGGCACUGGGGAACUUCUAGGUCAAACGAAAUCCAUUUCUCUUGGUCACCGUCCUCUUCACACUUGGAUCAUACGCGCGACACCGAUACCCGUAAUAGACAGCCACCACUCGAAACUCGCUCGGCCGAGCCAUCAUCACCCCGACCACAUCUGAACCGCGCAACCCGCAUCAUGUCGACCAUCAAGGACAUUACCAGUAUCGAGGCUUGGAACGACCAUGUGUCGUCGUUGCCGGCGUCCACCCUCCUGAUCGUCUCCUUUCACGCGCCCUGGGCUGCGCCCUGCGCCCAGAUGGCGACAGUGCUCAAGACAUUGGCGAGCGAAUACCCCGUUACCGAGCCGCUUUCCACCUCCUGGGUCUCGAUCGACGCCGAAGAACUGUCGGAAAUUAGCGAAACGUACAACGUGACGGCCGUUCCUUUCCUCGUGCUCGCCCGGAACGGCCAGGUCUUGGAGACGGUCAGCGGAAGCAGCGCCGUCAAGGUUCGAAACGCGAUCGAGACCCACGCCAACAAGUCGGCCCAGUCGGGCACUGAAGCUAGUGAGAAGACACCGGCCGCCGCAAAUGGCGCCGCAACUGCUGAGGGCCAGGCCGGCGACGUUGUGCCUCAGGACCCCGAGAAGCAAAAGGAGGAGUUGUUCAAACGUCUGGGUGACCUGGUCAAGGCCGCCCCGGUCAUGCUGUUCAUGAAGGGUACUCCCAGUGAGCCCAAGUGCGGCUUCUCGCGACAACUGGUUGCUCUUCUCCGAGAAAACGCCGUCAAGUACGGUUUCUUUAACAUUCUAGCGGACGACGAAGUACGACAGGGCCUCAAGGAGUUUGCUGACUGGCCUACUUAUCCACAACUUUGGGUCGACGGUGAGCUAGUGGGAGGACUCGAUAUCGUACGUGAAGCAUAUUCUGUGUCAUCCUACAGACAGCGGACUAACUAUGAAUACAGGUCAAGGAGGAGCUGGCGAACGACGCCGACUUCUUCAAGCCAUAUAGUGUCAAGACGAACGGCGAUGCGUCCGCGGGGCAGUCCUAGGUUUCAACAUGCACGGAAGCUUCCUUGGUGGGAAGGGGAACCGCUGUAUAUAUGUUCUUGAGCGACUGUCAGUCUUAUCUUGUCGACUGUCCCCUAUAUGCCAUUUGACUUGGCUUUGAUCAGUCUCCUAGGUACCUGCGGCCCAAGAUGAUGCAAUGGAAUUAUGGCGAUAAAAAGCCGGUCACAAUACUAAUUCCACGAGAAACAGCCCGAUCUACAAGACUCACAGGUACAAAGAGAGAGGAUUGGUUGGCUGAAGACGAAUUAGGCGCACUGCUGAGAUAAGAAUUGAUGAGUCAUAACACGAUACCGCUAAGCGACGGUCAUGGUUUGUCAACGGUGUACGUUAGAGCAAGGUGUUGCGCUUAUCGCCGGAUCGAGUAAUGCAACACAUUUGUGUGAGCUUUGGUUCGCUGGAUAUAUGGUGUUUGUAUACUAGAUACCAAUUACCUUUGGUGAUGCAAUUUUGACAAUGUGGGGUGAAGACCUGAAAUGCCAAGCUAUUCUGGA